AUGACAUCGGUUUUUCCUCCUCCAAACAAUCCUAUACUUCGUCAAGCUGAUGAUGCAAGAAACAAAGUCUUGAUCAUUGGAGCCACUGGUUUCAUCGGCCGAUUCAUAAUCCAAGCAAGCCUUGAUUCAGGCUUGCCGACUUAUAUUCUCAGCCGCCGGCCGGCGUUUGAUGGUGAUGAUCAUCCCAAGGCCCAAGCAAUCAAAGCUUUCCAAGAUCAAGGAGCCAUUAUCCUCCACGGUUCUAUAAAUGAUGAUCAAGCAUUGUUAGAGAAGAUGUUGAAAGAGAACGAGAUUGAUAUAGUUAUAUCUGUUGUUGGAGGUGGAAAUUUGCUUGAUCAACUUACUCUCAUCCGCGCCAUCAAAACUGCUGGGACAAAAAUUAAGAGAUUUUUGCCAUCGGAGUUUGGUCACGAUGUCGACAGAGCGGAUCCGGUUGAGCCAGGACUGAGAAUGUACAAAGAAAAAAGAAAAGUGAGAAGGUUGACUGAGGAAUUAGGAAUACCCUACACUUACAUUUGCUGUAAUUCCAUUGCUUCUUGGCCUUACUAUGAUAAUACCCACCCUUCUGACGUUUUGCCGCCUCUCCACCAUUUCCAAAUCUAUGGCGAUGGCAACAUCAAAGCUUAUUUUGUAGCUGGAGUUGAUAUAGGAAGGUUGACUAUCAAAGCGGCUAGUGAUGUUCGGACAGUGAACAAGACUGUUCAUUUCCGACCAAAGUGCAAUUUUCUUAGCAUGAAUGAACUUGCUUCUUUGUGGGAAAACAAAAUCGGACGUACUCUUCCUAGGGUGACUGUGUCCGAAAACGACCUUUUAGCUGCAGCGCAAGAAAAUGUCAUCCCACAAAGCAUUGUUGCAGCAUUCACACAUGACAUUUUCAUAAAGGGUUGUCAGAUAAAUUUCUCAGUGGAUGAACCUCAUGAAGUAGAAAUCAGUAGUUUGUACCCAGACGAGACCUUCCGAACCAUGGAUGAAUGUUUUGAUGAAUUUGCUGCAAAAAUAGAAGACAAGUGCCCUAUUGAAGCAAGUCCAGUGAUGAAGAAUGUCACCUGA